AUGCAAAAGUUGGAAGCCUGAAUACGCCGCACAUUCAGUCAGCAAUAAGUUUGACAAUUUUGCCCGUCGCAUAAAUUGGAUUCGUGUCGGUGUCAUGGCGGACGGAAAAGCGCCCCGAGAGACGGCCUUUUGGCGGGCGGACAGGGCGCUCGCGCCGGGAGUGAGCCAUGAGGGAGACCACGAGGGGCUCGCCCCGUUCGGGAGGACGGGCUUGUCCCCGCCGACGGCGGUGGCGGUUCCAGAUCUCAUGGAUCGGGCUUCUUUCCGACGGAUGGUGUUGGCGGCGAUUGAAGAGGGCCGCCGGAGCGGCGGGAGGAGGCUGCACGACCGCCUUCUGGGAGAGUCGGGACUCUUGCCGGAGGUGGAGGAGAUUCGUAGAAACCUAUACACCUUCAUCGAGCAGAAGAUUGGGGCUGAGAGGCACGCGUCAAAGGGGGCAGACCUGGCAGCGACAUGGGAGGCUGGCAGGCAGGAGUUGAGGGGUGGCGACGGUAAGCGAGGACUGAGAGGUGGUUCGAUAGGGCCUUAAGGCCCCUUUUAGACACAGCUUGUGGUCUAGCUUUAGGUCCUAGAAGCCUGAAGCUGCUUAUAAUGGGAGGGGGGGUGGUAGAAGUGAGGGCGAGUGUGGUGAGGGCAUGCAAAGGGCCGGGCAAUUGAGAGUGGGAGGAGAGGUGUCGGCGGCGAAGCCGGUGGACAGCGGCAUGGACGAACAGGACCUUCUUCGCUCUUCCUUUCUCAAUUAAUCCACGUUGGUCUAAAAACAAGUUAUAACUAGGUGUAUCAUCAGAUGAAAUUUAUGUCACUAAUUACCUUGCACAUAGCCUCGAUUUAGGAGUUUUCUUUAGAAAUAGUAAUGUAAGGGUGCUCUGUAUCUAAUUUCAAAAUACAGAUUAGAGAGCCGUGGCAAAAAUAUGUAAUCUUUUCAAGGGAAAAAUAUUUUAUGUGAGCUGCAAAAAGUAUUUCAUC